AUGUUUAGCUGCGUGGUAUGUGAAAAAGUGUACGUUCAUAAAAGUGGUCUGAGCAGACACGCUACAACUCACGGUGGACCGGCAAAUACAUGUGGGAUAUGCCUCAAGACGUUCACCCAGCGAAACAAUCUCAAGAUGCACGUUCAAAAUCGCCAUAUGAUCGCUAAAAACACUCCUGAAUUCUACAGCGCUGUACGGAUAGGUGGUUCAAUGGGUCGCGCAUCAAUCAUAAUGAGGGCAACCCCCAUCACUACGCCACACACUCAGUCAGAUGUGCGGCCACCUACAGUCAACUUGUCUCGCCGCCGUGCGGGCACAUCUACCCCACCGCUUCUUGUCUCAUCAACCACGUUCUGCACGCCAGCUGUCGUCACCCCGUCACCCGCACAGCCUAUUGCUACCUGUUCGGACGCUAUAUCCCCCGCUACCACCGCGCACGCAAGAUUAGACUCACCACCGUCGAACGUUGAAGGCGUGAGUUACACUGAAAAUACUCAAAAAAAUAUCAAAUGGAAAAAUGAUCGCAUGCAAACGGUUAAUACGCACGGCUUUAUCGAGAUAGAGUCUUCACUUAAUCGGACGUUGGUGUGGUAUUUUAGAAAAAAUGUAGAUAACGUAGCCAGUUAUCGCGCUUUCCUCAACACGAUAGAGUCGGAAUUAAUCCAGAAAUUACGCGAGUGCGUGCGUAUUGGCCCGAUCAUAUACAACCUGAAAUUGGAGACCACCUACGUCAUACCUAACUUGCACAAUUCAGCUCAUAAUAACGCGUUUAAAACUUCGGCCCGCGAACUGUACGCGCACAGUAAUGUCGAGAGUUUGAUCGAUCGUGAUUUCACUAGGCUUCUAGCCCAAGAACACUCGUACGCCGAGAAAUUUAGUGGAUUUGCCUUAUCGUGUAUCGACGGACUGCUCUUAAGUGUGUGCGAGAACACGCCUGUGGAGGGGAUCGACGUACAUGCCGUUCCCGGAAAGUAUUCUGAAUCGGAAGGCCGUUGAGAAACCCUCAAAAUAUCGACCGACAAUGUUCAAGUCGACGAUCCUAGUCAAAUACCGUUACGACUUUUCUGCGUUAUCAAUCCCCACUCCCGUGUUGGAGAUAAAAUUAUUCACAAUUAUCGCAGUAUGGUUGGGGGAGGUAGGUGGCGCAUGUAACGAGAUGCUAUCCAUCACCAAUUAACUGGCGCGCUCUGCUGGCUCGUUCAGCCGCAACCGGUUUCAAUACACAAUUCAAUAUAGACGGAACUACGCCCGAAUCCCGUAAACACCAUAAUAACCAUGACGAAAUAGAUAGGUAUGCUCACAUCGGUACGUGUUCUCGUCCACUCUAGCGCACUACGCCUACUGUAAUUUUGUAGGCGUGAAUAAUUUGAGGGAAGAUCACCGUUACGACUUUUCUGCGUUAUCAACCCCCCUCCCGUGUCGGAGAUAAAAUUAUUCUCAGUUAGCGCAGUAUGGUUGGUGGAGGGGACAGUGACGAGACAGAGAGCAUCACCGUUUAACUGGCGCGCUCUACUGGUUCGUUCAGCCGCAACCUGUUUCAAUACAUAAUUUAAUAUAGACGGGACUACUAUCAUAAUAUCAAUAUAUUAUAUAGAUGGCGGGCACAUCCGCGACUACAUGUAACUAUUAAAUUAUAAUUAAUUAAUUGUUUUCCCUCUCAACACAACAAUCACAUUCCUACAAUCAAAAUUCAAUUCAGCAUAGGUACAUGAUAAGUACCGAAUCAAUCAAAAAUCUUAAAGUCACAAAAAACACUUCACCUUAAUGCAUAUUAUAUAUGGCCACAAAUCAAUAAGUCCGAUACAUACUUCAACACUUUUUUUCCCGUUAUUCUGGGGAGACAUGAGCCAGAUAGUCUUAAAACGCCGUUACACAUUCUAGUCUAAUGUGUUAACGACUCCGAACUCACGGUGACAUACAGAAGAUGUGAAAACGACAUUUGUCUGUGAACGGAGUCUGUCGACGUCCUCCUACCAAUGCCCAUACUGAAAAGUGCGUUUUCGUAGUAUUGUUUCCGAUCAAGCCACCGUCAGAUCACGCGCCGCCGUCCGUUCAGUUAUCAAGUAUAUUAUUAUCUUAUCGUCGUACAGUUAUCCAGUGUAUUAUAUCUCAUCGUCGUUCCACUGUAUUAUUAUUUGUUGUACCCACCAAGCAACCGUCUGUCCAACGUGUUCAUCGUUCAUUCCACGUCCACAGUACGAGAACGGGUCGCUGUCAAUCAUACCGGAGCACUGUGAGUCAUUUAUAAAACCAAUCUACAUGCCAUUCCUCCCCAAAAUAUUGUGAU